AUGGCGGUGGCCAUGAGCCUCUCAAAUUUCUCUCGAAAUGAACUUUUCUCGUCGAGGUUCACGAUGCCCAAACCACCUUCUCUGAAGGAGAAAUCUUUUCAACUUCAUUUCAUGACCAACAUGUCCUCACACUUAUUCACUGAGAAAAAAGUUCAGGGAGAUCAAGGAGCAGCCAUUCGAGUUGCUUUGCUAAAUCUAGAAACUGGAGAUGUUGUGCAGAGCGGGCCAGGAUCAACAGCUAAGUUGAACGUUGUUGUAUUUGAUGGUGAUAUUGAGGAAGUUGAUUGGACAAGGGAACACUUGGAAAGCCACAUAAUAUCAGAGGGACCUGACAAGAGAAAGCCACUUCUAUCUGUUGCCAAGAAGAAUUUCCCACUUUUACUGAGUGACUACGUAUGGAGACUGGUCGGAGUGGUGAUGGGUGGACAGGCGCACAAACAAUUGACCGGAGCUAGGAUCAUCAGAAUCGUGGGCGGCGGAAUCUCCGGUGCUAUGUGGAAACAUACUUUGGAGCAUGCCACGUUAUGUGUCUCUGAUGACAAACAAUAUGUUUACUAUUUUGAUGUAGGCCGAUCCCUUGGCAUUCACUUCAACUGGAACUAUGAGCUCAAAGGACUCGUCCGUAAUGCACAAUUCUCCGGUGUGGAAUCACUUUCCAGAGGUCAAAAGGUCUACCUUGAAUCCCUAUCGGAAAUUGCCUACCAGAACUAUGACCAAAUCUCAGAAUGCCAUUCCGAUAUGCUGGACUCCAAUGUUAUCGCCAAGUCAGUUUAG